UGUGUGUGUUUGUGUGUGUGCACUUGAGUGAAUGUGUGUGUCUAUGUAUGUCUGCAUGAGCACCCAGGUUCAGGCUGUGUUCAUUGAAUUGGACCGGGGCGGCUGAAAGGGCUCUCAGGGCUCAGGAGAAACCAGACAACCACAGUUCUCUCUAGCUGUGAUCUAAAAGGAGGAGCAUCCAGCAGCAGGGCUCCAGAAGAGGUUCUUAGGGGGCAGGUGGCUCUCGCAUUACCUUGUAUUCCUGCAUCACGGCAUCUCCCUCUGUGAACUGUUGUCUAAAUUACCAGACAUCUGCUGCUGCCGGACCUUCGACUCAAUGAUAAUAGGGAGUCUCUGGCCAGGGAAGACCAGCAGGGGAACCGGCACCGGCAUUGAGCCUGGUCUGGGUGAGCUGGUCCACAUCCAGGCUGAGGUGUUCCUGACACUAGGGAUCGUCAGCCUUCUAGAGAACAUCUUGGUGAUAUCGGCGAUGGUGAAGAACAAGAACCUCCAGUCACCCAUGUACGUCUUCUUGUGUAGUCUUGCUGCUGCUGACAUGCUGGUGAGUGUCUCCAACUCACUAGAGACGGUGGUUAUCGCUGCACUGAACGGUCGGUUAAUAGUGGCGGACGACCACUUUAUUCAACUCAUGGACAACUUCUUUGACUCCACAAUCUGUAUCUCCCUGGUGGCCUCCAUUUGUAACCUUGCCAUUGACUGUUACGUGACCAUCUUCUAUGCCCUGCGCUACCACAGUAUCGUGACAAUGUGGCGGGCUCUCCUGGCCAUCGGGGGGGGGAUCUGGCUGACGUGUGGCUGUGGGAUAGUCUUCAUCGUCUACUCAGAGAGCAAGACAGUCAUCGUGUGUCUGAUCAUCAUGUUCUUCACCAUGCUGGUGCUCAUGGUCACUCUGUACGUUCACAUGUUUCUGCUGGCGAGGCUGCACAUCAAGCACAUCGCUGCUCUGCCUGCGGAGGGCGUGGUGCCCCAGAGGACCUGCAUGAAGGGAGCGGUCACCAUCACCAUUCUUCUGGGUGUGUUCAUCUGCUGCUAGACACCUUUCUUCCUCCACCUCAUCCUCCUUAUCGCCUGUCCCAAGAACCCACUCUGUGUCUGCUACAUGUCCCACUUUACUACCUACCUGGUGCUCAUCAUGUGUAACUCUGUCAUAGACCCUGUCAUCUACGCCUUCCGCAGCCUCGAGAUGCGCAAACAUUUCAAGGAGAUCCUGUGUUGUUUCAGUGCAACUUGCAGUAUUUUCCACUGUAAAUACUGAAAUGUUGUAGUUUUUCCUCAUUUUAAAAAUGGCACAGAAAUGUGCUGUGUAUUUGGACAUUGUUUAUGGACACUGUGUAUUUGGGCAUUGUUGUGACAUGCAGGUUUGGCUUAGUGGCUUUGUUAUUGGGCUGAUGUUUUUACUUGUAUAUAGUGUUUGUGAAAAUGUGAGAAGCAAACAGUAAAAAGUGAAGGAUUUAACUCCAGUGUUAUUUAUUUAUUUAAAUAUUGUAGUGACACUGUGUUUAUAACCGCUGAGAUCGACUCUGCCACACAAACUUUAUUUUGUGGCACAGUUGAUGCCACGCUGGGGUACGACCCAGAACGUUGGGGGUUUGAAUACCACCGCGGACAAGCUCACUCU